AUGAGCAUACAUUUGGGGUUCAACGAUGUGCAUCCUUUCUGCCAGAUCGAUCUCAAGGACAGAGCUUCCGUACAAGACCUAUUAAAGGCCGUUCUAGAUCCGUUAGAGCCUUUUUUCUCCACGCACAAGGCUCGGGUCAACUGUCCCGGCAACACUGCCGUCCGAUUUGAUCACAGUGCUUCUGAACUCGAAGGCUUCGCGCGUCCCCUAUGGGGCUUGGCCUUCUUGCUUGGCGGCCAUGGGGAAUAUGACGGCACAGAGUGGUGGAUCCAGGGUUACAAGUCUGGAACCGACCCAAAUCACCCAGAGUAUUGGGGCGAUCCGACAGAAAAUGAUCAGCGUAUGGUGGAGAUGUGUCCUCUGGGUUUUGCCCUGGCCGAGACGAGUGUGAUCUGGGACAAGUUGUCCCGGAAGGAGAGAGAAAAUGUGGAAGCAUGGCUUGGGAAUUCAAUCAACGAAAAGAAGUACGCAAAAAGCAUGCCAAACACCAACUGGCUGUGGUUCCGCGUCUUCGCGAACCUAGGGCUGAAGAAGAACGGCGGAAAGUUCUCGCAAGACAGGAUUGAUAGUGAUAUCAAGCACCUAGAUUCCUUCUACCGUGGCGAUGGCUGGUCCAAUGAUGGACCAGAGGGAAUUCAUCAUGCAGAAAUGGACUAUUACUCUUCCAGCUUUGCCAUCCAAUUCCUCCAGCUUCUAUACGCCAAGCUUGCCGGCGACGAAGACCCCGAGCGAGCGGUAGAGUUCAAGAAGCGAGCGCAGAUGGCAGCUCUAGACCUUGUACACUACUACGACCAUGAAGGUAGAGCUAUCCCAUACGGCCGCAGCAUGGGCUACCGCUUCGCUACAAUAUCUUUCUGGGGUGCCUUGGCCUAUGCAAAUGUCGAACUGCCAGCUCCUCUUACUUGGGGUAUGGUUAAGGGAAUUGUCAUGCGUCAUUUACGCUGGUGGCAGAGCCAACACGCGAUAUGGACGGCAAGCGGGACCCUUUCCCUGGGUUACUCUUACCCGAACAUGUACAUGACGGAAAAUUACAAUAGCCCCGGGAGCCCCUAUUGGGCAUGCUUGGCCUUUGUAUGUCUUGCUGUUGCCGAGACUCACUCGUUCUGGACUUCUGAGGAAGAGUCUUUGAGGGAUGCCAUCCCCAAGAUCAAAGCCUUGAAGCACCCGGGCCACAUAAUGAGCCAUCUUGGAGGCCACUGUAUGUUGUUAUCAUCCGGACAAGCAUGUGGCUAUCCUAUGAAAGGCACUCACGCCAAGUACGGGGCGUUCGCUUAUAGCAGCGCUUAUGCAUUCUCUGUGCCCACGGGGCUCUUUUCACUUGAGCAAUAUGCGCUAGCUUCACAGCUAGGUCUAUCUGAUGAUGGUGGUGAAUACUGGAAAACACGGAGGACGAGUGAACAUGCUGCACUCGAGUAUCGAGGGGACACACCAAUCCUUGUGUCUAUCUGGCGGCGGUUCCCAGACGUCACAAUCAAGACGAUUCUAGUCCCCCCUACGGAGAAUGCCCCUAAUUGGCACCUGAGAGUUCAUAAGAUCAAGGCCGGGCGGGAAAUCACGACUGCAGAUGGUUCCUUUGCGAUCUGCAAUAUUAAUUCCAAAAGCGGGCGGUCCCUGGACCUCUACGACGCAUCUAUAUGCGAAGGAACCUGUCCAAAAAUCAUUGGGAACUACGAUUUGUUGACGGCGGAGGGAUGGGCUGAUGGAAAAUCGGGAGCCUUUGCGGUAUUAAAAGGUGCAGUCGGUAUCAAAGCGCUUGAAACGCAGGAUGGGCGAAUGGCUAACCUAGUCAACGCGGACCCAAACUCAAACCUGGUAGAGAGCCGGACGGUGAUCCCCACGCUCCAGCACACAGUGAAGAGAGGGGAGACUGUAUUGUACAUCACAGGAGUUUACGCUAAGCCGACAGGGCCUAGAGAAGCAUUCCUAGCCGGGUGGGAGAGGCCCCCAGCGGUACCAGGAUGGUUGGAGGCUGAGAUGAAAUGA